AUGUCCGCGGACUACUACUUGGAGGACUCUCUUGCGGCCGAGAUCCUCGAGAUCAACGGCCGGAGGUACCGCGUCCAGUGCGAGGCGGACCUCGACCACCAAAGCAUCGCUGACGUCAGUCAGUAUCACAUUCGAGAGGACCCCCCGGGGCGGUGGAGCGGGCGCGUGUACGCCGACCCCGAGAUCAUGGGCCCGCUCAUCGGCACCGGCGGCAGCACGAAGCGCGCCCUGGAGUCCGAGACGGGCUGCACGCUGCGAAUCCCCCCCCGGGGGACUCCGCGCGACGACUCGGUGGUUGCCGUGCACGGAGACUCCCCCGAGGCCGUCGCGACCUGCCUCCGGCGCGUCGCUGCGACGAUCGAGCAGACCGUGCGCGCCAAGCGCACCAAGUACAACUAUUUCGUCUCGCUGCCGCUGCGCGGCGCUGUCGCCAAUGGCGCGCGCAGCCUGCGGGAGGCCGCCCUCGCGGACGCCGCGGGCGAGGGCGUGGAGGAGGCGGUGUUCGUGCAGCCGGAGCGCCUGCACGUCACCGUGCUGAUGCUGAAGCUGUACGGGGAGGACAAGCGGGCCGCGGCGGGCCGCGCGCUGGCGGCGGCGUGCGAGCGGAUCCGGCGCGCCGGGCCGCUGCGCGUGCGGAUCGGCGGACUCGAGAUCAUGGGCGGGGACCCGCCGGAGGCGGCGCACGUGGUGUACGCCGGCGUGCGGGACGCGGCGGGCGAGGGGGGGAGUGCGGGCAGCGGCGGGGGAGUCAAGCACGCGUGCGACGUGCUGGUCGAGGAGUUCGCGAAGGCGAAGCUGAAGUAUCCUGGGGCCCCGCCGCUGAAGCUGCACGCGACGGUGCUGAACAGCAAGUACAGGGGGUCGGACGGCGGGGGCGCGUCAGGGCGCGCAAAACCGUGCGACGUGCGCGGGCUGCUGGAGCGGCACGGGGCGGUCGAGCUCGGGGAGUGCGAGCUUGCGGAGGCGCACGUGAGCGAGCGCGGCAGGACGGACGCGGAGAGUGGUUACUACGCGUGCUUGCACCGCGAGCCGCUGUCGUGA